CAGUCACUGCCCAGGCGGGCCCACCCCCGUCCACGUAAGCAGCAGCGCCGGAACCACACGUUAAAACAACAAGCGCGCCCGCGCGCGGCGGAGGUGAGAGCGACCGGCCCGACCGAGACCGGUCCGGUCCUCGCCUCGGCCGGCGCGGUUCGAACUCGAACUCGACACGGCUCGCGACGCGAGAAGCCCCCAUUCCCAAUCCGCAAAUUCACUUCUCUCCUCUCCCCAAAUCUCCACCUCCACCACCUCUCCAAUCCAAUCCAACCAAACCAACCAACCAACCCUAACGCGGCGGCGCGGCGAGCGAUGGCGUCGAUCCCGCCGGAUGACGACGCGGCGGCGGCGGCGGCGGCGGGGGCGGCCGAGAACGGGUACGGGAACGGGAAGGGGAACGGCAACGGGCCGGCGCCGCGCCCGCCGCCGGCGAAGCGGCCGAGGUCGGUGAUCUCGGCGGCGCAGAUCCGGGCGGAGUUCGAGCACCACGAGGCCGGGGUGGCGCGCGUCAACAACGGCAGCUUCGGGUGCUGCCCGUCCUCCCUCCUCGACGCGCAGGCGCGGUGGCAGCGCCUCUUCAUCGCCCAGCCCGACGACUUCUACUUCCACGCCCUCCAGCCGGGGCUCCGCCGCUCGCGGGCUGCCGUCGCGGGCCUCGUCAACGCCGGGGACGUCGCCGAGGUCUCCCUCGUCGACAACGCCACCACCGCCGCCGCCAUCGUGCUGCAGCACGCCGCGUGGAGCUUCGCCGAGGGGAGGUUCUCCCGCGGGGACGCCGUGCUCAUGCUCCACUACGCGUACGGCGCCGUCAAGAAGUCCAUCCACGCCUACGUCGCCCGCGCCGGGGCCACCGUCGUCGAGGUGCCGCUCCCGUUCCCCGUCGCGUCCGCGGACGCCAUCAUCGCCGAGUUCCGCGCCGCGCUCGAUGUGGCCAAGGCCGGGGGGCGCAAGGUCCGCCUCGCGGUCAUCGACCACAUCACCUCCAUGCCUAGCGUUGUCAUCCCGGUGAAGGAGCUCGUUGCCAUCUGCCGAGAAGAGGGUGUCGAUAAGGUGUUUAUAGAUGCCGCGCACUCCAUUGGGCAGGUCCCUGUUGAUGUGCGCGAUAUUGGGGCCGAUUUUUACACCAGCAAUCUCCACAAGUGGUUCUUCUGCCCGCCUGCCGUGGCUUUCUUGCACACCCGAAAGGAUGAUCCGAUAGCCUCCCAGCUCCACCAUCCUGUGGUGUCGCACGAGUACGGCAAUGGGCUUCCCAUGGAGAGUGGAUGGAUUGGGACAAGGGAUUACAGUGCACAGCUUGUAGUGCCUGAAUCUAUUGAUUUUGUUAACCGAUUUGAAGGUGGCAUCGAGGGAAUAAGGAGCCGUAACCAUGAAAAAGUGAUCGAGAUGGGUAAGAUGCUUGCUGAGGCAUGGGGGACUUUUCUUGGCACACCACCAGAGCUGUGCGGUAGCAUGGUUAUGGUUGGUCUUCCCGGUUGCCUUGGUGUUGAAAGUGAUGAUGAUGUGAUGAGAAUGAGAACAAUGUUGAGGAAGGAUUUUAUGGUGGAGGUGCCAAUAUACUACAAUUCGAGAAGAGUAGAAGCUCAAGAAAUGGCAAAGGAUAAGAAUGGUGAUGCAGUCACAGGGUAUGUUAGGAUCUCACACCAAGUUUACAAUGUAACGGAGGAUUAUGAGAAGCUGAGGGAUGCUGUCAAUAAGCUUGUUGCUGAUGGAUUCACCAGCAGCAAGUUGCGGCCUUCGCAGAAGCAGGAAACGAUGGCCUGAUGAACAUUGCAGCCAACCAGCACUCUGUUGGAAGUUAUGUUGUGGCCGACUACUUAGAUGUGGAUCGCCGUGACAGCCAGCGCUGCGGUGUGAUCUAGAUUUAGCCCGCCAAUGGCGUUGCCAGUUCAUGUAGUGUACUUUCAGAAACUGACAGAAGUGUUGUAUUUGCAAUCCGUCCGUCACAAUAAUGCACUGGCAUGUCUUCCCCCUUACCCUCAUUUUCAAGCUGUAAUGUAAGAACAACAAUAAUCUGAAUCCAAGGAGAAUUGCCGCCGCUGUAGAUUGAAUUGAAUGCUGGCUACCGAUGAUAUCGUCAAA